UAUAUAAAUAAGUAGGUGGUAUUGCUCUAUCUUAACUUGUUAUGCUCAUAAUCUUGUGAACUCUCAAGUUUUUUCAUCUUUCUCUCUCAAUAUCAAAAUCUCAUUCCUCCAUUUUAAGGUAUCAUUUCCAACAUUUGGUAAAACCAAAAAUGGGAAGACAACCUUGUUGUGACAAAGUUGGUUUGAAAAAAGGACCAUGGACAACAGAAGAAGAUAAAAAGCUCAUCAAUUUCAUCCUCACUAAUGGCCAAUGUUGCUGGAGAGCUGUCCCUAAGUUAGCAGGGUUGUUAAGGUGUGGAAAAAGUUGCAGACUUAGAUGGACAAAUUACUUAAGGCCUGACCUAAAAAGAGGACUUUUAUCAGAUUAUGAGGAGAAAAUGGUCAUUGAUCUUCAUGCUCAACUUGGCAACAGAUGGUCAAAAAUUGCUUCUCAUCUACCUGGAAGAACUGAUAAUGAGAUUAAGAAUCAUUGGAAUACACAUAUCAAGAAAAAGCUUAAGAAAAUGGGAAUUGAUCCGGUUACACAUAAGAUAUUAUUCACUAAUGAAAUAGAGCAAACUCAAACAAAAUCUGAACAACCUCAACAAGAAUCUUCCUCUAUUGAACAUGACACAAACGUUGUUGACUCCGACAAUGACAAAAACAAAGAGCCACAAAAACCAGAAACUUCAUUUGGCUCAUCAACAAUAACUGAAGAACAUGACCAAAUUAUGACACCACUUUUUGACUCAUUGGAACUAAUGGAUGAGUUCUUAACAGAAGAAAUUCCAAGCCUAGUUCCAUGUGUUCCUUCAUCUUCUUCAACUACAACUAUAACUACAACAUCAUCAUCAUCUUCUUCAAAUUCAUCUAACUUUCUUGAAGACUUGUUACUACCUGAUUUUGAUUGGUCGCAUGAUAAUUAUAAUAUUGAAAAUAGUGAUAAUAGUAAUAAUGAUAUUAAUAUGGAAUUAUGGGAUUAUGACUUUAUUAGAAGUUGGGAUUUUGUGAUUAAUGAUGAUGAUAAUGGUGACAGAAAGCAAGUAUUUGAUGCUCCUCAAAAUCAGUAUCCAAGAGUGGUCAUGGAUUCAGAAUCAUGGGCCUAUGGAUUGUUUUGAUUUUAAUAUAUUUAUUUUUAACAAUGAUCAUAGUAUUUACAUGUAAUGUUCUUGUAGGUUGUUUAAAGAAUAAAGAGUGAAUUAGGAUUCAUAGAAAAUAGAAACUUUUGUGUUUUGUGUUUGGAACAAUUUUAAUAUUUAUCCAUUUUUAUUUUCUAAACUUUACAUAUUAUGAUAAAACUGCAAAAAGAUAAUUAUAUAUAUAAACGUGUCGAUUUGUUGUUUCUCAUUCA